AUGAAACGAAUUUCGCAAGAUGACGACGACGUAAACAACGACGACGGAGAAGAAGAAGACAACAACAACAACAACAACAACAAAGAGGAGAGAAAAAAACAGUUGAAAAGAACGACGACGACGGGGAGGAAUCAGAUUGCGUCGGAUUCGCAUCUCGAUUUAUUCGCACUCGCGAGUCAUCGGAGCAUAACGCCGGUGUUUUUCGAAGAGUUGGGCGCACCAGCACCGGCAGGAGCAGCAGUUAAAGCCGCGACUGUGACUCCAACAGAUGAUGCGAAGACGAAUAGGAUACAGAUUGUGACUUCGAAACCGAGAGUGCUGAUUCUACACACCGGUGGAACUUUGGGGAUGAGAAACGAUAGUUUUGAAGAGGAAACGGCAACGGUAGGGGUGAUGGAAGGUAUCGUUGGACACGGUGCACUUUCGUCGCCGAAAGGAGGUACGAGUAAUAACACCUCGGGGUUACCGUCACCGAUGAUGUCGUCGCAAGGGGGAGCGGUGAUAUCGGGAGAAGAACAGGUCGGCGCGUAUCAGAGACGCGUGAAAAAAGGAACCGGAGGUAAUUACGAUAACAAAUUAGGUCCGCGGUCUUUAUUGACGGAUAUUUUGAGUGCGGUGCCGGAGCUCUCGGCGUUUGCAAAGUUACGAGUUCGUGUUUUGUUCAAUAAAGACUCGUGCCAGAUUGUUCCGAGCGACUGGGUGUUCAUAGCGAAGGCGUUACACGAAGCUCGAGAGGAAUACGAUGCUUUCGUUUUGGUUCACGGAACAGAUACGCUCGCGUACACGACUUCGGCUUUGUCGUUGAUGUUGGCGAAUUUCGGGAAACCAAUCAUCGUGACGGGAAGCCAACUCCCACUCGCCAUGCCCAGGUCAGACGCUCGACAAAACCUCAUCGACUCAGUCUCGUGCGCGACGGCCGGUUUUGUGCCUCCGUUCAUUUCGGUGAACGAAGUUGCGGUUUGUUUUGGAGGGAAAUUGAUGAGAGGGAACCGGGUUAGGAAGGUAUCCGCGACUAUUUAUUCCGCGUUUAGUUCGCCGAGUUUCCCGGAUUUGGCGCAUCUCGGCGUCGGCAUCGAUUUCAAUCCGCAGUUACUGCUAAACGUGAAAGAUAAAGAAUACGCGCCGAGAUUUAAAAUAAACCCAAACGUCAUUCGAAUCUCAAUCAUUCCUGGAUGCGACCCGAAUAAAGCGUACGGGGAUUUGUACGAAAGAGGCGUUCGAGGUAUCGUCUUGGAGGCGUUUGGCGUCGGUAACAUGCCCAACGACGAAUUUUGGAUUCCUUGGUUACGAGUUCAACGAAAGAAAGGACUCGCAGUGUAUCUCUCUUCGCAGUGCGAGAGAGGCACUUUGCAUCCAGAGUUGUACAUGGCGGGAUCGUUCGCUUUAGAAAUGGGCGUAAAAGGUGGUCCGAUGAUGUCGCCCGAGUGCGCCGUCGUGAAACUCAUGCUCGCGCUGGCAAACGACGACGUUGAUUUAACCGUCCCGCUCGCCGGCGAGUUGUAA